AUGGCGUCUGAGCGGUUUCUGAUCGACGCCCGGCUGAUCUCCAUCAUGGGCCGCGAAGACGUUCAGAAAUCGAUCGCAGCCAUCAUUGAGGCGGACAUCUGCCGGCUUCCCUACGAGGACAUGCUUGUCGAGUUCAUGGCAGAACCGCCAGUCUGGCGGAUGGUGCUGCUCAGGCAAAGGCUCGAUCAUAUCGAGGCCGAGGCGGCCUAUGUGAACGGCAACCACAUGGCGGGCGUGCUUGAUCAGCCCGCAACGGUUCGGGUCCGCGACAAUGCCCUUGCGAUCGAGGGUUGUUCCGACCAAUCCGCCGCUUCGGCAAUCGCUUUUGCGGCCGCGAUCGCGAUCCUGCUGCUCAACACCCGAGGCAUCGAAAAGGAGCGUGUUGUUUCCACGCGGCUGAACCGAAAGCGCGAGCGCAAGGGCAAGCGUCCCGUUCCCAAAUACACCCACGUCAGGGUCGGGCACAUAUACGACCGGGACGGAAGGCGUCAGGGCCUCAGCAAGACCGGUGUCAAACAGCCUGUCCACUUCCGCGCCGGCUAUACCCGGACGGUCUGGUACGGGCCGGAGAAGUCGCUGAGCCGGAUCGACUAUGUACCGCCGUGCCUGGUCAAUUUUCGCGGCGAGAUGCCCGCUCCCAAGAGACGGAAGGACACCGCACCGGUGAAGGAGCGAGAUUACCUCGGCUUCAUCGCGGAACUGCCGUGCAUCAUUCAGCGCACCCACCCGGUCGAGGUUGCGCACCUGAGCUUUGCCGAGCCAGCCUAUGGCCAUUUCGGUCGCGGCAAAGCGCGCAAGGCCAGUGAUAGAUGGUGCCUUCCUCUCGAUGCGCGCCUUCAUGCAGCGCAGCACAGCGGAUCGGAAAUCCAGUUUUGGGCGCGGCACGGCAUCGACCCGCAUUUGGCGUGCCUGGUGCUGUACGGCCUUUUCAAUGAGCGAGAUCGGGCGCAACAUCGGAAGGAGCGAAUGAUGGGCACUGUAUCAGAUGCGGAUGAGGCGAUUGGCAAUCUCGGUGUUGAAAAUCUUCGAGAACUGUCGGCGCUGGCAUGGUUCUGCGACUGCAUGCCAGACGGCAAGUAUGCGCUCAUCCACUCCAGCCGGCGCAAGUCCUAUGAGGCUGGAGGGGACCUUCACGCCCUCGUCACCCUGGGCUGCGUCAAGGUGCUGAAAUCGACCUUCUGCGAGUGUCACGGAAAGCGAAAGCCCGCAGUCAAGAUGGAGCAGUUUGGACGCCGCGUUCUGCGACGCACGAUUUGGACAGAUAUUGAAGGCCGCCAGACCGGCGACGCGCCCGAACCUGGCAUGUCCAUGCGAGACUAUUUCGCCGCGCAUGCGCUGCCGCAAGCUGUCCUCGACUACGGGGAGCCGAGCAGCGCGAUCAGCGCAGGUCAGCGGCGCGACCGGGGCAACCCAGUGGUUCCAUACGCCACCGCCGCUACAGGCACGCGCGAGGAGAUCAUCGCACGACAAGCCUAUCGCUACGCCGACGCCAUGCUCGCCGUUCGGGAGACAGACAAUGGCUGA